CACGGCUGCAUCAAACGUGUCGCCUCGUCGUUUGACAUCAGCAGCGGCUGCAUCCUCACCGGGGCGCGGACGCACAAAGGCUUGUUGUGUAACUAAUUGAGGGCUUUACUGUUGCGGUGGGCAAAUACGCAUUAAGGGCUGCGGUUUGUGUGGUUCUGUUCAUUAAGGCAUUCCUGCACGGAUUGGGGCGACAGAGAGAAGGGGGGCUUUACAUAAUGAAGUGCAUGCUUUUCACGUGAAAUGCCCCUUUAAAAGCGGGCUUCCUUCACUCUCAUUCAGGCACAUCGUAAACGAGCCGAGGCGAGGAGUGAAAAGUCUGUGACAGCUGCACUUAGGGGCUUUUUUUUCUGGUCAGAUCGGCUUCAGGAUGGUCUCGUCGUACCCGUUACCGGAGGGCUUCUCCGAGUUUGAUGUGUUCUCCCUGGGAUCAUGUCUGCUGGUGGAGGGUCUGCUGGGCUUCUUUCUAAACAUGGUGACGAUCGUCUCCUUCCUCAAAGUGAGGGAGCUGAGGACCCCCAGCAAUUACCUCGUCUUCAGCUUAGCGUUAGCUGACUGUGGCAUCUCCGUAAACGCCACCAUCGCCGCUUUCUCCAGCUUCCUGAGAUACUGGCCCUAUGGCUCCGAAGGAUGCCAGACUCACGGUUUCCAGGGCUUCGUCACAGCUCUCGCCAGCAUCCACUUCAUGGCUGCCAUCGCCUGGGACAGAUACCACCAGUACUGCACCAGGACAAAACUGCAGUGGAGCAGCGCCAUCACUCUGUCUAUCUUCAUCUGGCUGUUCACCGCCUUCUGGUCCGCCAUGCCCCUCAUCGGCUGGGGAGAGUACGACUACGAGCCCCUCAGGACCUGCUGCACCCUGGACUACAGCAAAGGAGAUAGAAACUACGUGUCCUUCCUGAUCCCCAUGGCGAUCUUCAACAUGGCCAUCCAGCUGUUUGUUGUCAUGUCCUCUUACCAGUCCAUCGCACAGAAGUUCAAGAAGACAGGAAACCCCAGGUUCAACCCCAACACUCCUCUGAAGACCAUGCUGUUCUGCUGGGGCCCCUAUGGUAUCCUGGCUUUCUACGCUGCCGUGGAGAAUGCCAACCUGGUAUCCCCCAAGCUCAGGAUGAUCGCGCCCAUCCUGGCUAAGACCUCUCCCACCUUCAACGUCUUCCUCUAUGCUUUGGGAAAUGAGAACUACAGAGGAGGCAUCUGGCAGUUCCUCACCGGGGAAAAGAUUGAUGUGCCUCAAAUUGAGAACAAGUCCAAAUAAACUAAGCAUGCAAUAAUAACACAUACACUCUGUCCUGGUGGUUUCUCACAGGUACUUUGAUGUUUUUCUGUCUGUGAGUGUACGUGCAUGUGGCGUGUUUUGGAUGCUUCUUCCUCGUAAACAUCUGUCCUGGAUUUGUAAUCUUUUGUUGCUGCAGCUGUAUUUUGUAAAAGACCAAAAAAGCACAAACAAUUCCUUUUGGGAGAAUCGACUUAAAGUGACAGUAGCUCAUGUUACCACCCAAAUGCAUUUGACUUGGCUAUUUCUGUAACAAACACAUGAUUUCUCUGGUAUUCUUACAUCAUUGUGGAAAUUUUUUUUAUUGAUUUAAUGAAGUAGGGGCAGACUCUCAUUAAAACAGCAUUUGCUCAGAAAUUCUUUUAGUAAACAGAAAUUAUCAAGAGCACAUCAGUUUCAAGUUUUAAAAGACAAAUGUUACAGUUAAGUCUUCUGAGGACCAAAAAACAAGAUUUUAGCUAUUACUAUCAAUUUUCUUUCAGCUUUUUAAUCCAAGACAGCUAUUCAACAUUGGCUGUCUUAGAGAUGAGGUACCAUGUGAGUGACAAGUCAACAAAAGGUAGCAAUGUGAGCUUCUUAAAGAGGGCAGGACUAAAAAUAAUUAAAAAAGCAAAGAAGUUACAACAGAGGAUUGAGGUCUCAGAUUUCUAUCUGGAGCUGUGUCCGUCACUGCAUACUUUCACUACUCAUAUUUAAGUAUGUAGUACAUUCUCAAUUCAUAGUACGCAAUUUUGUGCAGAUUAGGGCUGAACGAUUUAAGCAAAUAAUCAAACUGCAUAUUUCCCAUAUGCAUAAUAUUGCGAUUAAAUAUGGAAUAAAUUCCUUAUCUUAGGUAUUUCUUAACAAGAAAGCAAUAGGUCAUUCUAUAUUAAACUAGGGCUGUUAAGAUCAAUCAAGUUAAUUGGGAUUAAUCGAGGUCCACAAUUAGUGCAUUUUUUAUUGCAGUUAUUUACACAGUUUAUUGUCUCUUUCAACACACUUUGGCUAAGGUAGGUCAGUAGUUCAAGUUCAUAUUGUUAUCUUAGAUCUACCUACAAAAGCAGCUCUGUAUCUAAACAGGAAGUCAAUUACCUUUAGUUUACAGUAGAAAAACCCAAAAUGAUACAAAAACAAUUUCAAAUGCAAAAUAGUGGAAAUUGAAAAGGUGAUAAAAGGGUGCGAUUAAUUGCUAUUGAAAAUGUUAUCUUUUGACAGGCCUUAUAACAACCUCACAAUGUUUGGUGGAUUAAACUAAGGCUGUUGUGAUUAUUUGACUCAGGAUGAACUGUCGCAAUGAAGGAAAUGAUGAUUUCACAUCUUUCUUGUUUUUUAAACAUGUACAAAAACAAGAAAAAUGGGAUUUCCUGUAAACUAUUCACAAUACUGGCACUUGAAUGUUUGAAUGACGGUAGAUCACAGCAUCUCUGCUUCAAAAAAUUGUGUUAAAUUGGUAUUUUGACACAUUUCAGGUCAAAGAAAUAUUGCACCAUCUGCAAUUUGAAAAUUACAGUGAGACAUAUAGCAAUAUAAUCUAAAUUUUGUAUUAAUCACCAGGCCCUAAUGCAGCUGACUAUAGAUUGGCCAGAACUUAUAAGAAUGAUACUAAACUGCCCCCAAAAUGCAAUGUGGCUUUCAGACUUACCAGCAAACAAGCAGCAUAAAAAUAAAGUAAUUGCACUGUUAAUGCAUUUUAAAUGUUAUAUAACACUCCAGUAACUGCCUAGCUGUACAAAUUAUGAACAUAAGUUUAUUAUUAAUGAAUUCUAUACAGACCUGCGUUCACGCUAGCUAGUGGAUGAGAAAACAUCACAGAUAAACUAUUGAUGUAGAGAUGAUGGGCUUUAAUAUAUGGUGGAAUGGUUGUUAGUUUAUGCUGAUACACUGCCGUAUGUUUCAGCACAUAGUAAUAGUAUGUAGUGUGCAGUUUUGGACACAGCCAAGCUCUGCAGACAGUUAAAAAGGUUUCCCCUCCUUGUUAAGUGCCUGUCAGUAACAUGUAGAGUUUACAUACACCAAUGUCUCGUCAUCCUCUCUAAGGUCGUGUGUGAGCUCUGUAACCAGAGUGAGAACUGCACUAAUCCUCGAACAAGAGCACCAUUCAUCAAUACACAGCCCCCACCACAUGUAAGAGAUUAGUCGCUGGUUGUAGAUUAACUGGACAUGGUUCUCGCCUUCUCAUUUGCAUAUAAACAAAGACGGAAGUUUUGUCUGACAUUUAACCAUAUCCAAAUGAUUACUGGUAUCCACUUAACAGCAUUUAAAUGAUAGUCCUGAUUUCACUUAAGUUCUGCUGUUUAAUAAAUGACUGUUUCUUUAUUACAGAGUUAAAAUCCCUCGUCAUAUCAUUAAAUACUACAAACAUUAUUUUACAUGUGAGGUUUUCUUUACCAACAUUACCUCUAAGGGCCCUCACUGACAUUUUUGUAGUCUAACCCCAGCUAUUGACAGUUUACAUAACAUAGUGGUUAUCAUUUAAUCAAUAUGUUCUGACAGUAGGUUUCAAAAACCAUCACUUCACUAAUGGGAUUACGUUUAUGUGAUACAUUUAUGUAGUGUAUAACAGGUUAAGGAUGAGUUUUAUAAACAUACUGUACACUUGAUCAGGGCUAGAGUCUGAGAGGAUGUUGGAAAGUUUACAUUUCUCUAAAUUUCUAUAAAAUACACACAAAGGUUUGCAGACACAAGUUUCUACAGUCUGUUGCAUGCGCAUCAUUCAUGACAUUAUGAUGUAAUUUUCUUCUGCAUAAAAAGGUCUAUUUACAUCCUUCCUCCUACAUGUUAAUGUUAAAAUGACUUCAGUGUAGUUUUUAAAAAUCCAGAAAGAUUUGUUAGAGUGAGCGUCUUGACCCUGGAUGUUAGCAGUCCACAUGGUGAUUCUCCUUCACAGUAUAAUGUAGAGUUAUAGAGAGAUUUUGUAUGAUUAUUGACCACUGCCAAACCCUGGAAUCUUGAUUGUAAUUUUUUUUUCUUUAAAAAUGUUGUUGUUUUUUUGGUCUAUUUAAUGUUCAUAAUUGACAGUAAGUGAUUUACCACAGAGUGAAUCAUCUAUUUAUCAUGCCAAAUUUAGAUAAUAAAUAAAGGAUUAAACCUG